AAAAAAAAAAAACAAAGAGAGAUUAUGGGAUAUGAGUUACUCUCCUACAGGUAUUACAUUGUUGAAUUACUUAGCUAUUUUAUGUGUGUUAGAAUGACUUUUUGAUUUCUUCUCACUUUUCACAGCAUUGAUAAAUUUACCAGAAAUAGCAACAUUAAGAAAAGGCAGGCUGGGAGGUGGCUCACGUCUGUAAUCCCCAUACCUUGGGAGACUGAUGGAAGAGGAUUGCUUGAGCCCAGGAGUUUGAGACCAGCCUGGGGAACAUAAGGAGAACCCCUCUCUACAAAAAUAAUUUUUAAAUAUUAGCUGGGUGUGGUGGUGCAUGCCUAGAGUCCCAACUAGACAGGAGGCUGAGAUGAGAGGAUCACCUGAGUGCAGGAGUUCAAGGCUGCAGUGAGCUAUGAUCAUGCCACUGCAUUCCAGCCUAGGUGACAGAUUAAGAGACCUAUCUCAAAAACAAACAAAAAACAGAAAAGUAAUUCAUCAGUACUACACUCUUCAUCUUUUUGUUGUUGUUUUCUAUUGCUGCUGAACAAAUUAUUCAUCUUUUAGUGUGCAGUUGUUUUUUUAUUCUUCAGCUGCUUCCAAAAAGUUUGCCUAAGAUUGUAGAAUAUAUGAUAAUCUUUGGGCUUUGUUCUUGUUUCUUUUGAAUAUUUGUUUACAUAAGGAAUCGUUAUUUGAUUUUAAAAAGAUAGAGCAUGUAAUUACAAAGUUCAUUCUGUGUAAUUAGGUCUUGGAAAUGUAAUUUAUCAUAAAUUUUGUGAUUUUACAAAAGUCUUUAAACAGCCAAAAAUUUUGAAUUAACUAUAUUUUGGUUUGUACUCAACUUCACUUUUGGAAAAAAAAGUUUUUUAAGAUGUCAUAAAUUAAAAUUAGAUUGUUAUGCUGGCUAAGUACAUUAUUAUAGAUUAUAGUUAGCUUUCAUUCUCAUGGUUUCAUUUUUGACUAUAUAUUUAAGUUUAAAUUAGGAUUUAUGCAUUUAGUUAGUAGCUGUUAUGUGGGAGGCACUGUUGUAGGCUUUUGAUAUACUGGUGAAAUAAAGAUUUGUGCCUUGUGACUCUUUUAUUAAGAGUGGGAUGCGGAGAGGGAUAGAGUUAAUGACAUAAAUAAGAUGUAUAGUAAGUUAGGAAGGUAAAGAGUUAGCACUGGGGAUCUUUGGGGAUAUUGUGAAAAGUUAAGUGCAAAGAACAUGCCUUAGCAUGUUGUCUUCCUCCAGUGUGGUUGAAGCAGAAUGAGAAGGGUAGAAUAGUAUUAGGGGAGGCUAGAGAGUUGAGAGAGGGUUGGAGAAGAUCUUGUAGUAAGCCGUUGAGAGGACUUGCUUUUUAUUUUUAGCAGUACUCGAGAGUUUUAAACAAAAGAAUGGGAAGCUCUGAUUUAUGUUUUAAAAGGAGCACUCUGGCUGCUCUCAUAUGAAUAGACUGGGAAAAGGGAGCAGGAGUGAAGCAGAGGAGUUCGUUUAGAAGACUUUAGAGUAAUCUUGGGCCAGAGAUAUUGAUGGGUGAGAGCAGUAGAAGUAGAAAAAAACUGAAAAGUUAAGGAUAUAUUUUAAAGAUAGGACCAUUAGGAAUUUCCUGAGAUGGUAUAAUAAUUUAAAAGCAUAAAAUAUUUUUAAAUAUAUACCUUUUAUUAAUGAAUGCAUCUGUUUUGUGAAAAGGUACAUGUUUUAGUUUGUUCUGAUUUAUUGAGUUUUUUUUUAGAUUUCUUGUAGAACUUUUUUUUUCUUGAUUUGCAAAGGAGGAUGCAGUGUUUGGAUGGUCUAGUAAAAUAUCUUAGAAAACUUAGUUGUGAAGAUAGUUUCAUUUUGACACAAUUUUAAUUUCUAUAAGGAUAUAGAUAAUUUCUAUAAGAUUAUCCUAAAGAUAAUCUUAAAGGCGGAAUGAGAGACUGCAUUGCAAGCUAUUAAAAGCAGCACUAUUGCUUAAAAAAGUAAAAGAUUGGGAAUGAAGAGAUUUUCCUUCUAAACUUAUCAUUUCUAGUAGGUUAUUGCUAUUUUUGUCUUGGUUUCUUUGUCAGUAAAAAUAAACAUGAUGCUAGAUAUCAUAAGAACAAGUUGCAUGAAAGUAAGCCUACGUCAGAAAUAGAUGUGCAUGAUUGACAUAGAUAUUAAGACUGAAAGAAGUUUUUAAAUUAACUCAAACAGCCUUCAUAUCAUUGAAGACUGGGCAUUAGUUUAUUAGUGGGAGCAUGAAAAAAAACAAUAAAUUUUUUUUUGUUCUUAGCACUGAAAAAAAAAUUGCUUGGCUAAUAGAGGACAGUUUUGAUGUGGUUGUAAGGGGCCAAUGGAUAAUUUGUAUAUAUAUAUGAACUAUCAGUGUUUGAAAAGCGCCUCUGCCCGGCCGCCCAUGGUCUGGGAAGUGAGAAAUUUGUGUAAUACCCAAAGGCAGAUUCUAUGUACAGUAAGUCCUAUUUUCAGAGCAAAAGCUGAGUGUAUGAGGAAAUACAACUAUAUUGUAUGGGGGUAUAUUUUGCUUCAGGAAGAAAGAAUACAUAUUAUUUUGCAUUCAAUAUUAGAGCAGAACAAUGGGGUCUUUUUGAUUCUUUUGGCUUAUACUCUGUGAUUCAGGGGGCACAUGGCAGAGGUAAACAGACUGAAAUGGCACCACGGAUAUCUGUGAGCUGUGCUGGGAAGGUUCACAGUGAUUCCGUAAUAAAUCUCUGGUCUUUAGUCUAUAAUGAAAAAUUACUCAUUUGCAUCAUAAAGGUACAGCAGAGUAUGUACAAGUAGAGUAUGGAAUAACUUUGUCACUUGUGAUGAACCUACUUGGUCCGAUAUUUUAAUAACUUCUCCCGUGUCUCUGUACUCAGGUUUGAUUUCCGGAGUGGAUCAUCGUUAGAAUGAAUAAAAUCAGGAAUACUGUAAAACAAAAAAAAAAAAAAAAGAAAUUCCCUUAAAACCUGUUACAGCCAACUUCAUGAAAUCUUUUGUCCGUUGAGGUGGUAAUACCGUACUCAUCCAAACAAACAGCCAAACCCUUUUGAGGGCAAGGAAGAUGAUCCCUAUGAUCUUGAAGAUGUUUCUGCACAGAAAUGAGGGAAAUACAAAGAACCAAAUACAGUUCUGAAAUUUGGGAUCUGUAUUUUGAGAUGAUUUUAUUUUCAGAAUGAGAAGCAUAUCUGGUUACCUUUAUGAAUGUAGAGACAUGAGAAGAGAGUUAUGAUGGCAAAAAACAAAGAGCCUCGUCCCCCAUCCUAUACCAUCAGUGUAGUUGGACUCUCUGGGACCGAAAAAGACAAAGGUAACUGUGGAGUUGGAAAGUCUUGUUUGUGCAAUAGAUUUGUACGCUCAAAAGCAGAUGAAUAUUAUCCAGAGCAUACUUCUGUGCUUAGCACCAUUGACUUUGGAGGACGAGUAGUAAACAAUGAUCACUUUUUGUACUGGGGUGACAUAAUACAAAAUGGUGAAGAUGGAGUAGAAUGCAAAAUUCAUGUCAUUGAACAAACAGAGUUCAUUGAUGACCAGACUUUCUUGCCUCAUCGGAGUACGAAUUUGCAACCAUAUAUAAAACGUGCAGCUGCAUCUAAAUUGCAGUCAGCAGAAAAACUAAUGUACAUUUGCACUGAUCAGCUAGGCUUAGAACAAGACUUUGAACAGAAGCAAAUGCCUGAAGGGAAGCUCAACGUAGAUGGAUUUUUAUUAUGCAUUGAUGUAAGUCAGGGAUGCAACAGGAAGUUUGAUGAUCAACUUAAAUUUGUGAAUAACCUUUUUGUCCAGUUAUCAAAAUCAAAAAAACCUGUAAUAAUAGCAGCAACUAAAUGUGAUGAAUGCGUGGAUCAUUAUCUUAGAGAAGUUCAGGCAUUUGCUUCAAACAAAAAGAACCUUCUUGUAGUGGAAACAUCAGCACGAUUUAAUGUCAACAUUGAAACAUGUUUCACUGCACUGGUACAAAUGUUGGAUAAAACUCGUAGCAAGCCUAAAAUUAUUCCCUAUUUGGAUGCUUAUAAAACACAGAGACAACUUGUUGUCACAGCAACAGAUAAGUUUGAAAAACUUGUGCAGACUGUGAGAGAUUAUCAUGCAACUUGGAAAACCGUUAGUAAUAAAUUAAAAAAUCAUCCUGAUUAUGAAGAAUACAUCAACUUAGAGGGAACAAGAAAGGCCAGAAAUACAUUCUCAAAACAUAUAGAACAACUUAAACAGGAACAUAUAAGAAAAAGGAGAGAAGAGUAUAUAAAUACUUUACCAAGAGCUUUUAACACUCUUUUGCCAAAUCUAGAAGAGAUUGAACAUUUGAAUUGGUCAGAAGCUUUGAAGUUAAUGGAAAAGAGAGCAGAUUUCCAGUUAUGUUUUGUGGUGCUAGAAAAAACUCCUUGGGAUGAAACUGACCAUAUAGACAAAAUUAAUGAUAGGCGGAUUCCAUUUGACCUCCUGAGCACUUUAGAAGCUGAAAAAGUCUAUCAGAACCAUGUACAGCAUCUAAUAUCCGAGAAGAGGAGGGUAGAAAUGAAGGAAAAAUUCAAAAAGACUUUGGAAAAAAUUCAAUUCAUUUCACCAGGGCAGCCGUGGGAGGAAGUUAUGUGCUUUGUUAUGGAGGAUGAAGCCUUCAAAUAUAUCACUGAGGCUGAUAGCAAAGAGGUAUAUGGUAGGCAUCAGCGAGAAAUAGUUGAAAAAGCCAAAGAAGAGUUUCAAGAAAUGCUUUUUGAGCAUUCUGAACUUUUUUAUGAUUUAGAUCUUAAUGCAACACCUAGUUCAGAUAAAAUGAGUGAAAUUCAUACAGUUCUGAGUGAAGAACCUAGAUAUAAAGCUUUACAGAAACUUGCACCUGAUAGGGAAUCUCUUCUACUUAAGCAUAUAGGAUUUGUUUAUCAUCCCACUAAAGAAACAUGUCUUAGUGGCCAAAACUGUACAGACAUUAAAGUGGAGCAGUUACUUGCUAGUAGUCUUUUACAGUUGGAUCAUGGCCGCUUAAGAUUAUAUCACGAUAGUACCAAUAUAGAUAAAGUUAACCUUUUUAUUUUAGGGAAGGAUGGCCUUGCCCAAGAACUAGCAAAUGAAAUAAGGACACAAUCCACUGAUGAUGAGUAUGCCUUAGAUGGAAAAAUUUAUGAACUUGAUCUUCGGCCGGUUGAUGCCAAAUCGCCUUACUUUUUGAGUCAGUUAUGGACUGCCGCCUUUAAACCACAUGGGUGCUUCUGUGUAUUUAAUUCCAUUGAGUCAUUGAGUUUUAUUGGGGAAUUUAUUGGGAAAAUAAGAACUGAAGCUUCUCAGAUCAGAAAAGAUAAAUACAUGGCUAAUCUUCCAUUUACAUUAAUUCUGGCUAAUCAGAGAGAUUCCAUUAGUAAGAAUCUACCAAUUCUCAGGCACCAAGGGCAGCAGUUGGCAAACAAGUUACAAUGUCCUUUUGUAGAUGUACCUGCUGGUACAUAUCCUCGUAAAUUUAAUGAAACCCAAAUAAAGCAAGCUCUCAGAGGAGUAUUGGAAUCAGUUAAACACAAUUUAGAUGUGGUGAGCCCAGUUCCUGCCAAUAAGGACGUAUCAGAAGCUGACCUGAGAAUUGUCAUGUGCGCCAUGUGUGGAGAUCCAUUUAGUGUGGAUCUUAUUCUUUCACCCUUCCUUGAUUCUCAUUCUUGCAGUGCUGCUCAAGCUGGACAGAAUAAUUCCCUAAUGCUUGAUAAAAUCAUUGGUGAAAAAAGGAGGCGAAUACAGAUCACAAUAUUAUCAUACCACUCUUCAAUUGGAGUAAGAAAAGAUGAACUAGUUCAUGGGUAUAUAUUAGUUUACUCUGCAAAACGGAAAGCAUCAAUGGGAAUGCUUCGAGCAUUUCUAUCAGAAGUUCAAGACACCAUUCCUGUACAGCUGGUGGCAGUUACUGACAGCCAAGCAGAUUUUUUUGAAAAUGAGGCUAUCAAAGAGUUAAUGACUGAAGGAGAACACAUUGCAACUGAGAUCACUGCUAAAUUUACAGCAUUGUAUUCUUUAUCUCAGUAUCAUCGGCAAACUGAGGUGUUCACUCUGUUUUUUAGUGAUGUUCUAGAGAAAAAAAAUAUGAUAGAAAAUUCUUAUUUGUCUGAUAAUACAAGGGAAUCAACCCAUCAAAGUGAAGAUGUUUUUCUACCAUCUCCCAGAGACUGUUUUCCCUAUAAUAACUACCCUGAUUCAGAUGAUGACACAGAAGCACCACCUCCUUACAGUCCAAUUGGGGAUGAUGUACAGUUGCUUCCAACACCUAGUGACCGUUCCAGAUAUAGAUUAGAUUUGGAAGGAAAUGAAUAUCCUAUUCAUAGUACCCCAAACUGUCAUGACCAUGAACGCAACCAUAAAGUGCCUCCACCUAUUAAACCUAAACCAGUUGUACCUAAGACAAAUGUGAAAAAACUGGAUCCAAACCUUUUAAAAACAAUUGAAGCUGGUAUUGGUAAAAAUCCAAGAAAGCAGACUUCCCGGGUACCUUUGGCACAUCCUGAAGAUAUGGAUCCUUCAGAUAGCUAUGCGGAACCCACUGAUACAAUUUUCAAACAGAAGGGCUAUUCUGAUGAGAUUUAUGUUGUCCCAGAUGAUAGUCAAAAUCGCAUUAAAAUUCGAAACUCAUUUGUAAAUAAUACCCAAGGAGAUGAAGAAAAUGGAUUUUCUGAUAGAACCUCAAAAAGUCAUGGGGAACGGAGGCCUUCAAAAUACAAAUAUAAAUCUAAAACCUUGUUUAGUAAAGCCAAGUCAUACUAUAGAAGAACACAUUCAGAUGCCAGUGAUGAUGAGGCUUUCACCACUUCUAAAACAAAAAGAAAAGGAAGACAUCGUGGAAGUGAAGAAGAUCCACUUCUUUCUCCUGUUGAAACUUGGAAAGGUGGUAUUGAUAAUCCUGCAAUCACUUCUGACCAGGAGUUAGAUGAUAAGAAGAUGAAGAAGAAAACCCACAAAGUGAAAGAAGAUAAAAAGCAGAAAAAGAAAACUAAGAACUUCAAUCCACCAACACGUAGAAAUUGGGAAAGUAAUUACUUUGGGAUGCCCCUCCAGGAUCUGGUUACAGCUGAGAAGCCCAUACCACUAUUUGUUGAGAAAUGUGUGGAAUUUAUUGAAGAUACAGGGUUAUGUACCGAAGGACUCUACCGUGUCAGCGGGAACAAAACUGACCAAGACAAUAUUCAAAAGCAGUUUGAUCAAGAUCAUAAUAUCAAUCUAGUGUCAAUGGAAGUAACAGUAAAUGCUGUAGCUGGAGCCCUUAAAGCUUUCUUUGCAGAUCUGCCAGAUCCUUUAAUUCCAUAUUCUCUUCAUCCGGAACUAUUGGAAGCAGCAAAAAUCUCGGAUAAAACAGAACGUCUUCAUGCCUUGAAAGAAAUUGUUAAGAAAUUUCAUCCUGUAAACUAUGAUGUGUUCAGAUACGUGAUAACACAUCUAAACAGGGUUAGUCAGCAAAAUAAAAUCAACCUAAUGACAGCAGACAACUUAUCCAUCUGUUUUUGGCCAACCUUGAUGAGACCUGAUUUUGAAAAUCGAGAGUUUCUGUCUACUACUAAGAUUCAUCAAUCUGUUGUUGAAACAUUCAUUCAGCAGUGUCAGUUUUUCUUUUACAAUGGAGAAAUUGUAGAAACGACAAACAUUGUGGCUCCUCCACCACCUUCAAACCCAGGACAGUUGGUGGAACCAAUGGUACCACUUCAGUUGCCGCCACCAUUGCAACCUCAGCUGAUACAACCACAAUUACAAACGGAUCCUCUUGGUAUUAUAUGAGUAAGAAGUGAUUGCAAACAGGCUGGAUUUGGACAAAAAGCAAAUCUAGACAUGCAUGUUUCAGGGUUCAGUAGUAUACUUCAUGUUUCAUACAGAUAAUUCACAUUCAAAAUUACAUUUUCUCUUUGAACUAGAUGGUAUUCCUUAUUCACUUACAUUACAAAUCUAAGACCAUGUGAUAAGCAUGACUGGAGAGGUUUAAUUUUUAUAAACAAAAAUAGCUAUAAAGUACAAAGCUGCUGCUGCAUGCAACCUUAUUGCAAUCAGUAUAUCAUUCCUGUGGCAAUUUCUGUCACAUUAUAUUGUGAAUAAAAUUUUUCUAUAGAAAUUAAAUGAUUUAAAAACUCACCUAUAUGAAACAUUUAAUGCUUUUCAGCCUGCUUUCUGGCUGAUUUUGUUAUUUGAUUGCUAAUUUGGGCAACUUAAUUUACAUUCUGGCAGUCAGUGUAGAUAACUAAAAGCCCAGUUAAGUAUUUUAUAAUUUCAGGCUACUGAGGCCAUGCUUGGGAUGUUGUUUGAAAGAAAGAAAAAAUACACUUGACAUAUUUCACAUUUCUGUACCUUCAUCUUUACUUCCAAGUAAACCUGUGGAUGAUUUGAUGAGGGAUAAAUGAACCUAUUUCUUUUACACACAUACCAAGGACAUGCUUGUGGCUAAAGUGAGUUGAUAAUGUUGUGCAAAGGAUAGUUGUCACCAACUCAUUUCUUUAUGGUCCAUAAUGAAAUAAAAAUUUUGUAUACUGUUAAUUCUGUAAACAGAUGCAUGUUCAAAAGAUCUAUGAUGGUCUUGUAAUCUUAAUCUAAUAUAUUUUAGAUAUUUUAAUUUUUUCCCUCUUGGGGAACACAUUUAGUAUAGUGUAGAGAAUACUUCAUGACAUUUUCAUAUAAGGUUAUAUAACUUUUCAUACAUAAACAUGAAAUUUGUUGUAGAAAAUUCUUUAAACCAAACAUUUAAUUCUAGGACUUCAAUUUAAUUUGUUCCUUGAAUCUAUUUUUAUGUGGCCCUUAAAAAAUAUCCAAAAAACCCAUUGCUAAUAUAGCAAUAAAAAUACUUUGGGUACUGACAGACUCUUUGGAGUGUUUAUAUUACAAAUUUGUAUUCAUGUUCUUUUCUGUGAUGUGUUGUACUAAAAUCCAAAAUGGCUUUUGCACCAUUUUUAAGCCAAUUUUUUCCUUUGAUGUUGGUACCAGAAUUACUAUAAAUGACUGCUGCUUUUGGGGGUAAACAUUUUGUUAGUGAAGAUAAAACCAGAACACUAAAUUAUGGAUAAAAUUUUCAGAAUAGGUGGCACAGAUAAAUUUCACUAGGUUAUAUUUUGUGUAGUAAAAAAAAAAAAUUCUUUGGUCAAUGUUAUCUUAAUUCAUACUACAAUUUUAAGAUUAUCUUAUAUGUAUUAUAGUAAAUAGAUGAUUUUCAGAUUCAAGGCUCCUAAGAGUUUGAUUUGCUCUGUUUUUUCCCAAAAUAAAUAUUGUCUGUCCCAGCUGUUAAGUUCUAGGUAUUGUACUUCCAAUUUUAACUUCAGAACCAAGAUGUUGGCAUGAACCAGGCUGCUGUUGAAGUACAUGUAUAUUAUAAAUUAUCUUAUUUGUGUUAUAUUCUUACAUGUUAUCUUUUCUAAGAAAACAAAGUCCCUAUUAUUCCUAUUGCAAAGCACACAGGAAUUAAGAAAGUACAGUAAUUUUUAAAAAAAAAAAUCCGGUAAAUGUAGUAUUCUUAACCUGUUCUAUAUUACUUAUACCUAUUGUCUAUAUAGCUUUAAUUUAUAGUUGUCAGUUUAACUAUUGGCAUGUCUGGCAAAGAAAAAUUAAACUUUAAGAGUUUUAUAAACUGUUUCUAGGUUGCUAAAGAAUUUAUUUUUCUACUAUAUAUGGUAUAGACAAAGCAUCAAACUAUGUACAGGAAAAAAGCCUGACUAUUUCUAUUGGAAGUAGGCUGAAAAGAGAAUUUUCAAAACUGUUCGUGUCUUCAGUUCGUUCUGUCAUAACUUUGCUAUUGUAAUAUGUGAAUACCAGUUUAUUUAAGCUAUUCUCUUUUAUACUGUAUUAAUUUAAUGUUCAUCUGCAUUUAGUACCAUUUUUGUUAUUAAAACUGGCAUUUACCAUUUUUCACAUUAACCCACCUUGCACCUUCCCCCAAACUUAUCUCCACUUUUCUAUGCAUUCUAUCAUUGAUUUGACACACUUCGUAGUGAGUCAUUUAAAUACUCUACAUUUGGUUCAAUUAACCAGUAGGUUACAGUUACUGAAAAUUAAAGUACAGUUUAAAGCUCAGUCUGUUACACUGAAUUGAUUGUGUUUGUUUUUGCCAAGGGUUUAGAUAUGUUUUUAAAUAUUAGAAACAUCUAAGAACAGAAUAACAUAAUUAAACUUUUUUCUGGUAAGUUACUGGAAGGUUUCACUGUUUAGGGACCUAUCAUAUGAGACUUCUUAAAGGAUUAAAAGAAUAGGAGGAUAGUCUCAUAAUUGUGAGUAAACAUCAAGGCAUUAUAUUUUACAAUACUAAAUAAAAUUUCAUCUACACACGUUGCCAUUGUUUCAUUUAAGGUUCAGUGCUUAUAGUUAACUACAAUAUUGGACCUAACAGGAUCUAGAUUAGGAAUAUGAAGAAGCAUAGUGGUACUCUGUUUCACACUUUCAGUAGAUUUAUUAGAAGUCAAAUUCUAUUCAACAGACACUUAUUAGGAUAUACAACUAAUUUAAGAAUAAAAUUCCAGGCACAAUAUAUUUUUUUUAAAUGGUAUUUGUUAGUAGUGCUUCUUCCCUUUAACAUUUACAGUGUAAAUACUGCAGGUAACCGCAAUCUAAGUUAGCCAAAAAGCAGCUUUUUUUCCCCAUACUGUAUGUAAAUAAUGUAGACCUGGGUUUUUUUGUUUGGGUUUUUUUUUUUUUUUUUUGAGGUACUGGAAUCUAAUUAAUAUCUCUUAGGUAUAAAAAGGGAACAAUUGGAAUGAGAAUUUAGGCCUUAGCUUCCAUGGUGAUUUUUAGUUUUUUAUACAAUAAUAAUUGUGAUGCUAUUUGUCAACUGGAUAUAAAUAUAUAUAUAAUUUUAAAAAGUCAAAAGUGCUUUUGUUUCUUUGUUUAAUGUAAUUUUUGUGCUUCACCCACAGGAUGCUGCAGUAAAUUAAAUAUCAGUGAAGCUUCCGAUGUAUAAAGAAUGCUAUGAAUAAAACAUUAAGAAGCUGUGUAAUUUUAAGUUACAGUUGCCUCUAUUUUUACCACUUCAUUGGUAAAAAUUAGCUAAUUUUUUUCAAGUGAAAUAUGAAAAAUAAAAAUAUAAAUUUAUCAAUAUGAUGGAAAUUUUA